AUGGAACCGAAGUCGCAUGAAAAUGGAUUCAACGAUGAUGACAGUAAUCGUGGUGAAAAAGUGUGGUUGGUGCAUCGCGGUGGUUUUUGCGCUGCCAUAAAAUUAAAUCAAUCCAAUGGUGCCGUAAAUAUCGAACCAGGGAAGGUGCUUAUCGAGUUAGAGCACAAUGGCGAGCAAAUGUAUGUUGACGAUGAUGACAUUGAGAAAGCAAAUGUCGGUGAGUUGGACUUAAGCGAGGACAUUUGUCACUUAAAGCAUUUAAACGAGGCGUCAGUUUUGCAUUGCAUUCGACAAAGAUAUGCAAGCAACUUAAUUCAUACAAGAGCUGGUCCUACUUUAAUUGUUGUCAACCCAAUGGCACCGUUGUCGUUAUACUCGGAAAAGGUCGUUUCGAUGUUCAAAGGAUGCAAAACAGAAGACAUGCCACCACAUGUUUAUUCAUUAGCACAAACUGCUUAUCGUGCAAUGCUUGAAACCCGUCGAGAUCAAAGUUUGAUUUUUAUGGGCCGUUCCGGAUCGGGUAAAACAGCUUCGUUCAAGCAUGCACUUUAUUAUUUAACUCUUGCUGCUGGAUCCACAAAUCGUUUGUUAACAGCUGAGAAAGUUAACGCAAUUAAUACAAUUUUGGAAGCUUUUGGAAACACAAAAACUGUCAUGAAUUCAAAUGCCACAAGAUUCACUCAAAUUUUUAGCCUUGAUUUUGAUCAUAGCGGACAAAUUGCUUCAGCGUCUGUUCAAAUAAUGCUAAUGGAGAAAUCAAGAGCUGGUCGACGGACUAAUAACGAAUCAACAUUUCAUGUUAUCACGAGAUUACUCGCUGGUGCUGAAGGUCAUCUCCAAAAGGAACUUCAACUUGAUAAUGUCAAUUUGGAUGAAAAUAAUUUGUUUGUUUACAUUUCAAGUAAACUUGAUGAUCGUCAGAAAGCAUCAGCUGAUUUCUCUCGACUUGCUCAAGCUUUCUAUACAUUGAAUGUCGAUCAGAAGUCAGUUAAAGCAAUUUGGUCAGUCUUGGCUGUAAUUUAUCAUCUUGGCUUAGCAUCAGCCACAAAAGUUGGAAGUGGAUCAACAGCUCGAAUUCAAUUCGCACAUCCAUCAGCUGCGCGACGUGCUGCAAGCUUAUUGGGUGUGUCGAUGGAAGAACUUCUUGCUGCUGCUUUUACCACAUCAUUAACGAAUUCAAAUCCAGGAACACCAACUAGAUCACCACCAGACAGUCUUGACAACACUUUAAAUGCUGCUUUUGAUAGCUUGGAAGGUCUCGUCAUUGGCUUGUAUUCUGAAGCUGUUGCAGCUGCUGUUUCGUUAAUCAACAAAGCGAUUUCAACUUCCAUUCAUACGAUUGCUUCAAUCCUUUUAGUUGACACGCCAGGAUUUCAAAAUCCUGCCAGUUGUGGACAACAAGCUGGUGCAACAUUAUCCGACCUCAAGCAUAAUUACUUACAAGAAAGACUUCAAUUGUUGUUCCAUCACAUGACGCUUGUCAUGCCAAGAGAACGUUAUGCACAAGAAAUGGUUGAGAUUGAUAUGGAAGGCUUCAAUGAAUCUUAUCCAGGUCCUUUAGUGUCAUUAAUUGACCGAUCACCACAAAGUCAUGUUGUUCGAACAUCACAAAGAGACCUUCGCGAAGCUGAUCGACGUGGAUUGUUGUGGCUUUUGGAUGAAGAAUCAAUUUAUCCAAACGCUAAUGACGAUUCAUUCUUGGAACGUCUUUUUACUCAUUACGGCGAUCGUGAGAGUCAAAGUUUAUUGAGAAAAGCACCAGGAAAUCGACAAUUUGUACUGCAACAUCUUCAAGGCACAAAUCCAGUUUUAUAUUCAGCAAUUGGAUGGUUGAAGAAUAGUCGCGAACAUCCGGCGGUGAAGAAUGCAAUAACAUUACUUCAAGAUAGUUCUAAAGAAGAGAUUAGCAGUUUGUUUAUUGGAAAUUUGGCACGUGGUGGAACAAUCUUCUGUGGAUCAAUUGCUGGCAUGGAAGGAACUCAAUCAUUAAGACGCGUGUCAAGCAUUCGACGAUCUUUCACAUCUGCUGGUGUUAAAAGGAAUUCAGUUAUGUUGCAAGUAAAAUUUACUGUUGAUGGUCUCAUUGACACUUUACGACGUACCGGCACGCACUUUGUUCAUUGUUAUCUACUUCAACAUAACGGCGGAACAGCAACAAUUGCAAAUGGAAAGUUGCUUCAACAUACGAGUGAAGAUAUUGUUAAUGUUCCAUUGUUAAGAUCACAGGUUGGUUGA